AUGACCUCGAGAUUCUUCUAUUUUCUGGCUUUCUCACUCUCUCUCCCCGAUUUUUCACUCUUCUUCUUCCUACCUUCUUUCUUUCUUCAUGCUCAAAUUCAUGCUCAAAUUUUCAAAGCUAAUCUUCAUAAUGACCCUUUUAUAGCACCUAAAUUAAUCUCUGCUUUCUCUCUCUGCCAUCAAUUAGGGUUAGCCAUUAAUGUAUUCAAUCAAGUUCGAUAUCCCAAUGUUCAUUUGUAUAAUUCUCUUAUUAGAGCUCAUACCCAGAAUUCUCAAUCUUCUCAAGCUUUCAUUACUUUUCUUGAUAUGCUUAAUAAUGGCGUUUUCCCUGAUAAUUUUACAUACCCUUUUCUUCUUAAGGCUUGUAGUGGACCCUGUUCAUUGCAAUUGGUUCAAAUGGUUCAUACCCAGAUGAUAAAGUUAGGUUUUUUUGGUGAUAUUUUUGUACCCAAUUCGUUGAUUGAUAGUUACUGUAAGUGUGGGGUGAUUGGUGUUAGUUCUGCUAGGAAGUUGUUUGUGUUCAUGGAGGAUAGAGAUAUUGUUUCUUGGAAUUCAUUGAUUAGGGGGUUGGUUAAAGGGGGUAAUUUGAAAGAUGCUCGCCAACUGUUUGAUGAAAUGCCUGAGAAAGAUGCUGUGAGCUGGAAUAUAAUGUUAGAUGGGUAUGUUAAAGCAAAAGACAUGGAUGCUGCGUUUCAAAUGUUUGAAAAGAUGCCUGAGAGAAAUGUUGUAUCUUGGUCUACCAUGGUUUCGGGUUAUACGAAAGCAGGGGAUUUGGAUAUGGCUAGGUUACUCUUUGAUAAGAUGCCUGUUAAGAAUUUGGUGUCAUGGACAAUAAUAAUUUCUGGGUAUGCUGGAAAUGGAUUCACAAAGGAGGCUAUAUCUUUGUAUAAUGAAAUGGAAAGUUUAGGAUUGAAAUUUGAUGAUGGGACCAUUAUUAGUAUCCUAGCUGCUUGCGCCGAGUCUGGUUUGCUCACACUUGGGAAGAGAGUUCGUUCCUCAAUUGUGGCAACUGGUUUUAGAUGUAGUGUCGCAGUGAAUAAUGCAUUGAUUGAUAUGUAUGCCAAGUGCGGAUGUGCAGAAAAAGCAUUAGUUGUAUUCCAGGGGAUGUCUGAAAGAGAUUUAGUUUCCUGGAACACCAUUAUCCAAGGUUUAGCUAUGCAUGGAGAUGGAGUGACAGCACUCAAGCUUUUCUCAAGGAUGAAAAAAAGUGGUUUUCGACCUGAUAAAUUCACUUUCAUUGGUAUCUUAUGUGCUUGCACUCACAUGGGUUAUGUUGACAAGGGUCUUGAUUAUUUUUAUUCUAUGGAAAGGGAUUAUGACAUUGUCCCCCAAAUAGAGCAUUAUGGCUGCUUGGUUGAUCUAUUAGGUCGGGGUGGGCGUCUAAAGGAAGCUUUGGAGGUUGUGCAGAAUAUGCCAAUGGAACCAAAUGCUGUCAUUUGGGGUACGCUCUUAGGAGCAUGCCGGUUGCAUUACCCUGUGGAAAUUGCACAGGAGGUUUUGAAGCAUUUGGUCAAAGUUGAUCCAACAGAAGCCGGAAAUUUCUCAAUGUUAUCUAAUAUAUAUGCUGCUGCGGGGGGAAGUCGGGGAGAGAGAGUGAGAAAGCCAGAAAAUAGAAGGAAAAAAAGGAAAAAAAAAAAAAAAAAAGUGGGGCCCACUGACGGAAAUUCCACCGGAAAAACAAAAUGGGUGGUAAUCUGAGCGUUUUUUUAAUUUAAUGGGUGGUAAUUUAAAAUAAAAUUUUAAUUGGGUGGUUAUUUAGAAAUUAAUACUAUUUUUGGGUGGUAAUUUGCAAAUUAUCCUUUAUUUUAAAAGAGGGAAAAUUUAUGUGAAAGACUAAACAUAGCUCACCAAAAGUAUCCAACAAAACAACACAUGGAUGGUCUUAAUUAUGUAUUCCUAUAUUAUUUGUCACAUUAUGAGUUUUGCACUAUUUAUCUAUUAUGCAUUUUAACUUUUAAUUUUUUUUUUGGUGUUUAGAGACCUACAAGGCUAUAAUAACGAGUGAUAAGAAUCGAUCCUAAAAUU